AUGGCGUAUUUCAUGGCAAACGCAACGAGAGAAAAUUGUCAAGACGAGUGCAGAUUGUCUCCGAAUCGUGACGCUGUAGAGGAAGAUUUGAAGAAAAUCGGGGUGGAAUGCACAAAGGUCGAUUUCGAUGACGCGAAUGUUCAAGAAGAUUUGGAUCAACUCAUCAAAAAAUACAAUAUGAAUUACCACGACGAAAUUCACAUUUGCCGAGAGACCAUGCCAAACUUUGAUGAGAAGUUGAAAAUCUUCUUUGAAGAGCAUCUCCACGACGACGCUGAGCUAAGAGUCAUUAAACACGGAGCCGGAUAUUUUGACGUGAGAGCCAAGGAUGAGCAAUGGAUUCGCAUUCCAGUCCGUCGUGGUGACUUUGUCUUCUUACCACCGGGAAUCUAUCAUAGAUUCACUACGGAUCGCUCUGAAGACGUCGUUGCUCUUCGCCUCUUCCGCAACAAUCCAAAAUGGACUGCUUUCAACAGAAGUGAAAACGGAGACAAACAACCAAUCCGAGAGCAAUACUUGAAAGAUGUUUCUGCAUAA